CUCCCCAUAAACAUUUGUUCUGUGAUCCUUUUUCGGAGUUUCAUAUGCAAAAUUCAAAUUCAAAAGUUUCAAUUUCCAAAUGGGUAGACAACCAAACCGUCGACAGAUCCAACCUUCCUUCUUCAAAGUCCUCAUCGGUGAUUUCUCAAAGCGACUGCUGAUACCUCCAGAAUUUAUCAAGCAUUUUAAUCGGGAUUUGCCAGGAAUAUUCAUCCUUCAAAGUCCGAAUGGAAAGCGUUGGCCUGUGAGGGUUAAAAAGUUCAAGGAGAACUGGUUUUUUCGAAGGGGUUGGCGGAAAUUUGUGAGGUAUCACUCUUUGAAACCUGGAGAAUUCUUAAUUUUCAGGUACAAUGGAGAUUCUAAGUUUAGGGUCACUAUAUUUGCCAAAACUGCUUGCGAAAAGGAAUUGCCGAUGUCAGCUAAGAGAAGGAGGAAGAAUAGUGAUCAUGAAAAUGGACAAAAACACUAUACAAAGAAAGAAGAUCCUUUUUCCUUUGAUGAUGAAGAUGAACCCGUAUCAGAAACUAAGAAGAAAAUUCCCAUACACGAAGUAGAGAAAGAAAAACCCAUUUCCCAGAUAGUGAAUAAAGUACUUGGGAAGAAUAAGAGGCUCAAAUCCCCAGAGAAAGGGGUUACUUAUGGUAAAAUGACAAGUGAAUCUAGUGUGUCAGAGAAGAAGUGGAGGAAGAGGAUGCCAGCUAACAAGAUUGAAAGGAAUGGGAGAGUCGAAACAGUGCGCUUAUUCAAAACAGACAAUCCACAUUUCACCCAGAUAAUGAGAACAAGCAGAAAAUAUCAGAUUACUGUUCCAAAGGCUGUUGCAGUAAAUAAUGGGUUCAUAGAAAAGGAGAUAGUAGAGGUCCAGGAUCCGCAGGGGAGGUUGUGGACAUUCAAAAUACAUCAUGAGAGAGAUGGACGUACCCAUCUGAGAAAUGGAUUGCUUGAAUUUUGGAAAGGAAACAAUCUGGUGGAAGGUGAUGCUUGUGUGUUUGAGUUGAUUGAAGUUGGAGGAAGGAAGAAUGUAAUGCGUGUUCAUAUAUUCCGAGCUAUUGAACCCAUUAGCCAUGGUUGUUCGUCUACUCUUUAAUGCUAAAAGUAACGAGAAUGCUGGAGCACCUGAUAGUCUAAUGUUCAAGUCCAACUAUGUGAUAUCCUUCGUAAAAUCAUAGCUCUUCUGCACAUCAUUGUAUAUAAGAAAUCUAUUCUGGGGGUGCAAAACCUCUACUAUUAGUGUAUGUCCAGGGAUGCAAUCAUUUCUCUCUCUCUCUCUCUCCAUGUAAACAAAUUUCAUGUGUAACCUUGGCAUGAUAUUGUCCGCUUACGGCCUCAUAAUCUUCCUCUUUGGCUGAUUUGGGACUGAAGAAUAUGUCCCCCCACAACA